AUGCCCGUCAACAGACCCAAAUUGGCCCAGCUGGCCACGCCCGUCACCAGCACUUUUCCCUCGGAAAAUAUGUUCUCGGCUUCGACUCCGCUCUCUGCCAGACCCAUGUCUUGCAAGGACCUUCCCAUCAAGACACCCAUUAGCCCGCCAACGGCCUAUACGGAUUUCCUCAAGGCCAUGUCUCUCAACUCGCCGGCCGCUUUCAAGCCAUCAACCUCUGGCGAGACUACUCCUGAAUCCACGCCAGGCUCAUUGCCUUCGACCGCCACCAGCGAGCAGACUGAUAUCUCUUGCAACUCCGGCUACGGCGCCGGCCAUCCCGCCAAGCCCUUUCACACAUCUGCCAAUGUCAGCACCUCCCACCGGUGCGAAUUCUUUCCCGAGCCUCAAGAUCCCGCCUUCUCCAGCAGUAUCGCACCUGGAUUCACCAAUGAGCGCACGGUCACCCUUCAGCGCCAGAUCGGUUCACUCAGUAUUCGAUUGGGACGCAGCACUCAAGGCCAAGAGGUUGAACGAUUCGAAGAAGCCCUCGAGAACUAG